UAAUACGCAACAAAGCGUCGAGUCUACCGGAAAGCAACACGAAGAAGAACUUGUGACGGUAGUGAAAUGGCUGCGCCCAUGAAGAAUGGGCGACACUUUGGUCAAUGGAUAGGCAUUUUGUUAUUUUGGGGGGGUCUCAUACCCUCUGCCACGGCGCUUAUCGAGGGACUUUAUUGUGGCACGGAGAUUUGUUACGAUGUACUCGGAGUACCGAGAGAUGCGGUUAAAUCCGACAUAGGUCGUGCUUACAGACAGUUAGCCAGAAAGUAUCACCCCGAUAGAUUCUCAAGUCUCACAGGCGAGACACGUGAAAGUGCUCAUCGACAUUUUUUGCUCAUUGCAACUGCAUAUGAAACUCUGAAGGAUGAGGACUCCCGUAGAGACUACGACUACAUGCUGGACCACCCUGAAGAGUACUACAGCCACUACUACACCUACUACAGGAGACGACUGGCGCCUAAAGUGGACGUACGGAUUGUCAUUCUGGUCACCGUGGUUGCUAUAUCCAUCUUUCAGUACUACAGUUGGUGGGCCAGCUACACUGAAGCCAUCAACUACCUGUCAACAGUCCCCAAGUACCGUAUCCAGGCGACGGAGAUAGCCAAGCAGCUGGGUCUCCUGAACAAGACAAAAGAGAAGGGCAAGAACCGACGGUCCAAAGAGGAGAUCCGGGAACAGGAAGAAGAGGUCAUCCGUGACAUCAUCAAGAACAAGAUCGACAUCAAGGGAGGCUACCAGAAGCCUGAAAUCUUGGACAUCCUGCUCUGUCAGAUUGUCCUGUUCCCUUACUGCCUGUGUGCCUAUGUGGUCUGGUACUGUAAGUGGAUCUACAGGUUCACCAUCUGCAGAGAGGAGUACGGAGACGAGGAGAAGCUCUACAUCAUCAGGAGGAACAUGAAGAUGUCUCAGUCUCAGUUCGACAGUCUGGAGGCGGAGCAGAGAGACACCUUACUGGAGAGGCAGCUCUGGAUCAAAGACAACUAUGAGGUGUACAAGGAAGAACAGGAGGAAGAGAUGAAGAUGAAGAUGGCCCUGGACCCCAGGUGGAAGAGGUACCGACGGUGGAUGAAGAAUGAAGGACCUGGACGACUCACUUUUAUUGACGAUUGACAACAUGCCUAUCAAUAAUCACACCUGACUUGUGCCUGUUAUACAGUCACACUGUGUUUGUAUACCUGUGUAUUUGUGAAUAAAUCUACUGAUGAUGUUUAUA